UUAGGCAAGCAAAGAGCACUGUGGCUUUGACAUACUUGCGCAAUCAGUUUGUUUCCUGGCUAUGAAGGUUGCUUUCGUUACUGGUUCCAAUAAAGGGAUAGGAUUUGGAAUUGUUACCAAAUUGGCUCAUGCUUAUGGUUCCACCGGAGAGUGGGACGUCUACCUAACAGCUCGAAAUGUUGACUUGGGCAAAAAAGCAUGUGAGGAAUUAAAAGGCAGAGGCCUCCAGGUUAAGUUCCAUCAGCUGGAUAUUACCGAUGCUGAGAGCCGGAAAAGUUUCCUGGCGUACAUGAAAGCUCAUUAUCCAGACGGGAUCAACAUCGCCAUUAAUAAUGCUGGUAUUGCAUAUAAAGUUGCCUCAACAGCUCCGUUUGGUGAACAAGCUAGGGUUACUGUGCACACUAAUUUUACCUGCACCUUUGAUUUCACAUUGGAAUUUCUUCCUCUUCUCGCAGAGAACGCCAGAGUUGUCCAUGUGUCUAGCAUGUCUUCGCAUACGACACUGAAACAACUUGGAGAUGAGUUGUACACUAAGUUCACUUCAGUGAUGAGUUUGGACGAACUGAAGGCUUUGGUUGGGGAAUUCGUGAAUGCCUUUGGGCUUUACAAAUUAGCUGAAAUGGGCCCUGUUUACUCAAAAGAGGGCCUGAAGUGGUCUGAUGAACGAUCUAAUGUUUCUAGAGUUGUAGCGAGCAUGAAGGCUUGUCAUCUGCUUUGCUUUUGGUUCAUUGCACAAUGA